GUUACUGCUUCUCCGGCGUAUUUAUACGCCGCGCCUGCGAGGCUGACACUGCAGAGCGCGCGGCGAGCUUGCAGCGGCGGCGACGGCGAGCGCGCACCGCCGUUGGCUUCCUCGUAGGUCGCGGCGGUGAGGUGAGGUGAGAGGGAUGAUGAACGGAGGAGGGGGAGGGAGGGUGCCGACGUGGAGGGAGCGGGAGAACAACCGGCGGCGGGAGCGGCGGCGGCGGGCGAUCGCGGCGAAGAUCUACGCGGGGCUGCGGGCGUACGGAAACUACACGCUCCCGAAGCACUGCGACAACAACGAGGUGCUCAAGGCGCUCUGCAACGAGGCCGGCUGGACCGUCGAGCCCGACGGCACCACCUACCGCAAGGGAUGCAAGCCGCCGGCGUCAGAGCUCGCUGAUCAGCUCGGCCGCUCGCCGUCGGCGAGCCCGUGCUCGUCGUACCAGCCGAGCCCGCGCGGGACGUCCUCCUUCCCCAGCUCCGGCUCCUCCUCCCAGAUCACGCUCGGCGGCGGCGGCGGCGGCGAGGGCAGCAGCCUCAUCCCGUGGCUCAAGACCCUCUCCUCCGCCGGCGUCGGCAUCGGCGGCGGCUCGUCGUCCAAGUUCCCGGCGCACUACUCCUACUUCGGCGGCGGCUCCAUCAGCGCGCCGGUGACGCCGCCCUCGGGCUCGCCGCCGCGCACGCCGCGCCUCAAGACGGCCGCCUGGGAGGAGUACCACCACCACCACGCCGGCAGCGUGCUGCCGCCGUGGGCCACCGUCGGCGCGAGCUACGCCUACGCGGCCUCGUCGUCCCUGCCAAACUCCACCCCGCCGAGCCCGCGCCGCAAGGUCGCCGCAGCCGCCGCCGCCGCCGGCGGCGGCAACGACGCGGCGGCGUGGCUUGCCGGGUUCCAGAUAUCCUCCGCCGGGCCGUCGUCCCCGACGUACAGCCUCGUGGCUCCUCCUCCCAACCCGUUCGGCGCCGCCGCCGCCGCCGCGGGGUCCUCCUCGAGGGUGAUGAGCGGAGCGUGCUCGCCGGUCGCCGGCGGCGACGUCCAGAUGGCCGACGCGGCGCGCCGCGAGUUCGCGUUCGGCGGCGAGGGCGGCAAGAUGACCGGGCUGGUGAAGGCGUGGGAAGGGGAGCGCAUCCAUGAGGAGUGCGGCUCCGACGAUCUCGAGCUCACCCUCGGGAGCUCCAUGACUCGCGGCGAUCGCUAAGCUUACUUCCUCAUCUCAUCAAGAAGAAGAAGAAGACGAAGAAAUCAAGAAUUGGAGAAAUCAUCAUCAGAGAGGGGUUCAGAAGAAGUUCAUCUUAUGAGGAGUCUCUGAACUGGGUUUAAAUUCAUGCAGGCCGUCGUUUAAGUUUAGCUUCUUUUUGAUUUUUUUUUUUGCUUUCUUAUAUCCUAUAAUUUUCGGUUGUUAGAAGACAAUGAAAAGGAAAACAUGGCAAGGGAAGGGAAUUAGGAUGUUCAUGGUUAAUGGGUUGUCAGACAGUUGGGAGUAGAAUUCAGAGAAUAAUUUUAUACAUUUUGCUUCCUGCUCAUGAUCAAUGCUGGUUUAUGCUCUGUAUUCUGUGUGUUGCUGAUUGAUUAUCCAUUUAUCCAUUGCUACUCA